AUGCUCCCCGGCCGGACAGAAUCUCCAGCCCACCUGGGCGCUUAUUCGCCCAACCUCGGGCACUUCUCUGGCGCCUGUGUCCGGUGGGCACCCUGGGACUGGCCACGUCAGCGCCAACCUGCAGGAGCCCUCACCAUCCCAUGCGGGUCCACACACAAGCUCACCAACCCUCGCCGGCCACUUGGCGCGAGUCAGACCACAGGCAACAACCCAAUGAGUGGUACCACUACACCAACCAACACCUUUCAGGGGGGUCCCACCUUAUUUAAUAUGAACAUGAGCAUCAAAGAUCAACAUGAGUCAGUUGGCCAUGGGGAGGACUUCAGCAAGGUGUCUCAGAACCCAAUUCUUACCAGUUUGUUGCAAAUCACAGGGAACUGGGAGUCUACCCUUGGCUCGAGUCCAACCCCUCCUCAUCACAUGCUGCUACCUGUCUCUUUGAUGGCCAGCAACACCAAGAACCACUCAAUGUUCAUGAACCUUCUUAAAGAUAAUCCUGCCCAGGAUUUCUCAACCCUUUAUGGAUGCAGUCCUUUAGAAAGGCAGAACUCCCCUUCUGGCUCACCCCAGAUGGAAAUGUGCUCGAGAAGCAACAAGACAAAGAAGAAAUCAUCAAGAUUACUACCUGACAAACCCAAGCACCAGACUGAAGAUGACUUUCAGAGGGAGCUAUUUUCAAUGGAUGUUGACUCACAGAACCCUAUCAUUGAUGUCAACAUGACAGCUGAUACACUGGAUACACCACACAUAACUCCAGCUCCAAGCCACUGUAGUAUUCCCCUGACAACUUACCCACAACCAGUACCUCUGCCCCAGCCCAGUAUUCAAAGGAUAGUCCGACUAUCCAGUUCAGACAGCAUCAGCCCAGAUGUAACUGAUCUCCUUUCAGACUUUGCAGAAGAAGCCUCUAAGCUUCCCAGCACUAGUGAUGAUUGCCCACCCAUUGAUACCCCUGAUAUCUUUCAAACCAAUAACAAUGAAAAUCCAUACAUGGAUCCAGCUGCUAUUGCAGAUGCUGCUGGAAGCCCCAGUAGUGACUCUCCUACCAAUCAUUUUUUUUCUGAUGGAGUAGAUUUCAAUCCUUAUUUGUUGAACAGCCAGAGCCAAAGGUUUGGAGAAGAAUACUUUGAUUAAAGCAACCAAAGUGGAGAUAAUGAUGAUUUUAAAGGAUGUGCAUUUCAGACACUAAGAAUUUUGAGGGUGCCAAUGCGUGGAGGUCAUAAUGAGGAGACUAAGUUUAAAGGCAAUAGCCAAGCUGACACAGUCAAUUUCAGUAUUACAGCAGUGGCUGGUAAGGUUUGGGGUUCUGCAGAUCUUUUGGAGCAUCACAGUGGUAGCCAGAGUCCUUUACUGACCACUGGGGACUUAGGGAAAGACGAGACUCAAAAGAGAGUGAAGGAAGGCAAUGGCACCAGUAAUAGUAGUCUGUCAGGGCCAGGAUUAGAUAGCAAACAAGGGAAGUUCAGUAGGACCCCUUCUAAUGAUGGCAAAAGCAAAGAUAAGCCUCCAGAACAGAAGAAGGCAGACACUGAGGGGAAGUCCCCAUCUCACAGUUCUUCUAACCAACCUUUCACCCCAUCUACCAGUAUAGAUGGAUCCAAGUCUCCAGGCAGUUCAGGAAGAUCUCAGACUCCCCCAGGUUUUGCCACACUAUCUAUUCCCAAAAUCACUAUUCAGAUUCCUAAGGGAACUGUGAUGGUGGGCAAGCCCUAUUUUCACAGUCAACAGGCCAGAAAUGGUUCUGUGUCUUCCUCAGGCAGCAAAAGCCACCAUAGCUAUUCUUCCUCCUCCUCUUCCUCAUCUUUUGCUUUCAACUCAGGCAAGAUUAAAAACAGUAAAUCCGAAGAUUCAAGUUCCAAGUUAAGUAGCAGCAUAUAUUCUAGCCAAGGGUCUUCUGGGUCUAGCCAGUCCAAAAAUUCAUCCCAGUCUGGGGGAAAGCCAGGCUCCUCUCCCAUUACGAAGCAUGAACUGAGCAGUGGCUCCAGCAGCACCAAGAUGAAACUUCAAGAAAAGCCAUCAUCACUUAUGAAUCCUUUAAGUAAACCAAACAUAUCCCCUUCUCAUUUAAGGCCACCUGGAGGCUCUGAUAAGCUCGCCUCUCCAAUGAAGCCCAUUCCCAGGACUCUCCAAUCCUCCAAAGCCAAGUUCCCUAUCAGUUCAUGUUCUGGUCAUUCUCAUACAUCUGGAACUGGUUCAAGCACUGGCAUGAAGUCAUCUUCAGGGUUAGGCUCCUCAAGCUCAUUGAAAACUACACCAUCAUCUAAUUCUUGUAUGGCAUCAUCAUCUUCCUUUUCUUCAAGUGGCUCUUCCAUGUCAUCCUCUCAGAACCAACAUGGGAGUUCCAAAGGGAAAUCUCCCAGCAGAAAUAAAAAGCAAGUUAAUUUUUAUGGGUUGGAUAUUAACUGCUUUACCUGGGAUUCCAUCAGCCCAAACAGUUUGAUCAACCUGUUCAUAGAUCUCAAGUGGGAAGAGUUUACCUCGGGGAUCUUCCAGGCAAGUCAGAAGCAGCUGGAGCUAAAGACCAUGUUCCAGCAGGACCUGUACACAUAA